AUGGUUUUGCUCCAUGUGAAGCAUGGCGAUGAGAGCUGAUUUCUGCUAGAGACAAUGGACAGCAUUUGCACUGAAGAUUUAACACAGGAAAUGACCAAGAUCGACACUGGAAGGCUCAAAGUUCAGCAUAUUUGUGCAGAAAUAAAAUCACUGGCAGAACAUGGUAUUUUCUUGUCUCAAAUGCAAGGUCUAACAGACGAGCAGAUUGAAGAGCUGAAGCUGAAGGAUGAAUGGGCAGAAAAAUGUAUUCCGCGUAGUGCGUGUCUAAAAAAAGAUGAAAUUGGACGAAGAAAUGGCCAUGAUCCAAAUGAAAAAAUGAAACAGGUUUUAAAAGAGACAGUAGAAGAAGCCAAGGCACUAAUAUCUAAGAAACAAGUCCAAGCCAAGUGUGUUAAUAAGGAUAUGGUGAAAGAUGCACUGGACCAGCUCAGAGGAGCUGAUGUUAUUUAUUCAAUGGGACUCCCUCCAUACGACCCAAUUAGAAUGGAGUUUGAAGAUAAAGAAGAUCUGUCAGGAACUCAUAAAGGACAAGGAGCCCUAGCCCGUGAGUCUGUCAUAAGUAGUGAAGAACGCAGAUGAUUCCUUUUUUAUCACAGAAGGCAAGAAGAACUCAAGGUAUCAAGGGUUAUUGCUGCAUUUAUACUGUUGAAACCAAAAUAGCGAAACAUUUUUGCAAUUUUUAACACAUUUUCAUUGCUGUUUGUUUCCCCAGAAAUUAGAAGAAAAUGAUGAUUCAUUUUUAGAGUCUGAAUGGGCUGACAGUCAUGCCUUGAAAAGACAUUGUUUUCAUGGUGUAAAUGACAUUAAAUGGAGACCAAAAUGAAGCUAUGUUUACAGGAUUUCUUUUUCUUUUUACAAGAUAAAUUAACCCACUGAGUUAUACUGGUAAUAUGGAUGCAAAUCUGUGCAUUUUAAUUGUUGUGAAAUAAUAAAUUUCUCUGUAAAAAUGAUUUAUUGUUGCAAAAUAUGUUCAUCCUCUUGUGCACAUUUGCCCUUUAGAAACAGAAAAGUAUGGCUUAUAAGGUAUUUUAAAAUUUCAUUUAAUAGGCUUACAGAUCAGACGUUUCAAUUUUUAACUAGGUCACAAAACUAGUUCAUACAAUAUAUACAAUUAAAUAGGUUUGUUCUCAUUCUUCAGUUGUCUUAUUCCCAUUUUUCCAUUGUAAUGAAGCUAUUCAAGAUGGCAAAAGCUGCUUUAGAAGGUAACACUUCUUUUAUAUGAAUGAAAUGAAUGUAAUUUUAUUUUUACCCCGCCCUUUUUCCAAACUGGAACUCAGGGCGGCUUACAAAUAAAACUACAUGUAGUUAAAAGCAUACAAAAACAUACAAUUAAAAUACAAUUAAACUAUACGCAACCUUAAAACCAUGGAACAGGCACUUAAAAUACUAAAAAACAAUUUAAAAUAAUACAAAUAAUAGCAUAAAACAAUAAAACAAACCUUGUAGAGCCCAAUCCUAAACACCCAAAAGCCUGUUGGAAUAAAAAAGUCUUUACUUUCCGACGGAAGGAUGGCAAGGAGGGGGCCAUUUGUGCCUCCCUAGGAAUGGAGUUCCAGAACCUAGGAGCAGCCACCUAGAAGGCCCUAUCUUGCGUCCCCACCAAUCGCGCUUGCGAAGUUGUUGGGACUGAGAGAAGGGCCUCUCCUGAAGAUCUCAGGGCCUGGGCAGGCUCAUAUAGGGAGAUACGGUCUGACAAAUAGCCUGGACCUAGGCUGUAUAUUUUAACAAGUAGACCACUGUUUGGGUCCAGACUUCACUUCUGCCAGUGACAUUUGCCAAUUCCCCUC